CACCGUCUGGAACAUGUUCUUUCACAUGAAAAUUGACGAGGAGUGUCACAGAACGCUGGCCACGCAAUGCCAGAAGUUGCUCGACGUCGGAGAAACACUGGAGGACUGGGCAAGAUCGUCCUGUGGCGAGUUCAUCCGCUUUGGCACACAAUACACUCUAGCCGAAGUUCGGCGCCAUUGGAUGUUGUACAUUGGCAUGGUCAACUUGCCUGAGGCCCGUCUGCAGCCGAUCCGUGCCAUCUUCUCAUCCAUUGCGCAGUCAAACUCUACCGGAACAAUCAUCAGUCCCGCUCGUUCAGCAGGCCUCUUCCUCUCAGACGCGAUCUUCGUCUGUUCUGAAACGUUCCAAUACUAUUGGAAGACUGGAACAACUUCCUCGCGGGUCGCUGAGUUUCUGAACCCCACUUUUGC